AUGGAGGACCAACUCUUCAGUCCCAAUGCUGCGGCUCACCUCUUCGACCUGCCUCUCUCGUCCGGCGGCCCCAUCGGCUUCUCACCUUCCAUCGAUAUGACCAGCUCCCUGCCCCACAGUUUCGGCGACGCUCUCGAAGCACCCGCCUUCAUGCUCGAGGUUCAGCGCAAACGCGCCGACACUACCGCCACGCUCAAGCCUGCAUUCGAAUUCGCUGACGACUUUGGCCUUGACGGUGUCAACGUUCCCACCGACAUUCCUCAGCGUCCCCGUGCCAUCCAGCGCCUCUCCCUCACCUCUUCCGUUGCCAGCUCUGCCGCUUCGACCGCUUCCGAGUACGACUACAGUGGCUUCGAGAGUGAAGAUCACAGCAACGUUGCGUCGCCUGCUGCAGACGAUGCCUGCGCUGCUUCCUGGAGUGAGGCUUCGUUCAACGCCUUUGACGGGGCCGAAUCCAUCCAGACCGCUUUCAACCGCAUCGGUUUCAGCUCGCCCAAUGGGGCCUCCAAGGAUGGCACCAUCAAGGCGAGCACCUUCAACGCAGCCGCCGCCUUCAGCUUCCACGACUUUAUCGAGGACGCCGACCAGGGUGGACAGAGGCUUCCGCUUUCUGCCAGCGUCGACUCGAUGUCUGCCUGCGACAACACCGCCGCGAACCUCGUGACCCCUCAAAUGCCCGUCUCGCCACUUGGCUACAGUCAAGCCUCGAGCGAGUACGGCCAUGGCUACGGUCACAUGAGGUGCAGCGGUAGCGAGUCGAGCCUCGGCCUCUUCGGAGGUGCCGAAGCUUCUGGUCUGCCUAUGGCCGCGCCCAUGCAGCCUUACCCUGCCAACUCGUUCUUUGGCAACGCUGGCCCGUACCCGAUGGUCUUCUCUCAGAGCGCUCCCGACAACUCAUGCUUCCACCCGCACGGCUCGCCUUGCCCCUCGUCGCCCAGCAGCGCGCGCAGCUCGUCGCCCUUCCCGUCCUUUGGCAUGGCUGGCGCGAUGCCCUCGGUGCUCGCCUCUCCCCCUUCGCGCCAAAUCCAGAUCCAGCACAUUCCGGCCCCGGCUCCCGGCCUCAGUAUGCUGCCUAAGGGCAUGAGCCUCUACAACCAUUUCGCCCACCUCGCCAACCCUUACGCCGGCCUCAUCACCAAGCGCUCGCGAGGUCGCCGUGUGCCCAACAAGCCCGAGGAGAUGAACAACCUCGGCAAGAGCGGCAAGGUCUACACGUGCAAGGUGCCAGGCUGUGGCAAGUGCUUCAAGCGCAGCGAGCAUCUCAAGCGUCACGUGCGCUCCAUCCACACCGAUGACAAGCCUUACCUUUGCCCCUACCCUGCCUGCAACAAGCGCUUCAGCCGACACGACAACCUCAACCAGCACGCCCGCGUUCACACUACGAUGAGCGGCGAUGGCGAUGUUGCUGUCGGUGGCGAGGGAUACGACGCUUCUUCGGUCUAUCCCAUGUCCCACCUUGGCGCCCCCAUGGUCCUCACCGCGGCACCUCAAGGCGGUGUCACGAUCGCAUCUGGUCCCAGUCUGCAGAUCAAGCAAGAGUAG